CACACCGCGCCAGUGUCCGACAGACUGCCGAGCGUGUCGGGUUUCCCGCACCCCGCGUUCGCUCGGCCACGCGUUUCGUUCGUUUUUAAAGCCCUAACCGUCGCGAGUGCAUUAUGACACUAGUGAGCUAGCGGGCCGCUGUGACGGUGUCAAUUUGUUGUGUUUGUGAUCACGUGCUUGUGUGGUGUGUUAGCUUGAGCCCGUGACAUAAAACGUUCGUGGUGGCCAGCGGAGCCUUACACCCGGGCUCGGGCCGAGCUUUCAUGGCUCAGCCUAGGUACGACGAGAGCCUCCACGGCGGGGGCUACAUGGAGGGUGGGGCGAUGUACCACGAGCACCGGCUCGCUCACCCCCACAUCCCCCCAGUGCAUUACCCGCCGCCCGCGGCGCCGGCGCACGCGUUACCCGGCGAGCCCUUAGUGCAUAAACGAGACAAGGAUGCCAUUUACGGGCAUCCCUUAUUCCCCCUCCUGGCGCUGAUCUUUGAGAAAUGCGAACUAGCCACAUGCACACCACGUGACCCUGGAGUCGCUGGUGGAGACGUCUGCUCGUCCGAAUCCUUCAAUGAAGACAUCGCAGUAUUUAGCAAACAGAUACGUCAAGAGAAACCUUAUUACAUAGCGGAUCCGGAAGUUGAUUCAUUAAUGGUGCAAGCUAUACAAGUCCUACGGUUUCACCUCUUAGAAUUAGAAAAAGUGCACGAGCUCUGCGACAACUUCUGCCACCGCUACAUCAGCUGUCUGAAGGGCAAGAUGCCCAUCGACCUGGUGAUCGACGAGCGGGAGAGCGCACGCCCACCGGACGCGAACGGCGAGCGUUCGGCCCCCGACUCCAGCCACGACGGAGCCUCAACCCCUGACGUCAGACCUCCCUCAUCCUCGCUGUCAUACGGCGCUGUGAAUGACGACGUGCGCUCUCCGGGGUCAGGCGGAACCCCUGGACCCCUCAGUCAACCGACGCCACAGACCCUCGAUGCGACAGAUCCAGAUGCAAUGGGCAAAUGGUGUCCGUCGAGGCGCGAGUGGUCAUCACCUCCCGAUGUAGCGAGACGGGUCUACUCCUCCGUGUUCCUGGGCAGCCCUGGUGAGUAUCCAGGAGACGCGAGUAAUGCGAGUAUCGGAUCCGGGGAAGGCACGGGGGAAGAAGACGAUGACACGAAUGGGAAGAAGAAUCAGAAGAAAAGGGGGAUUUUCCCGAAGGUGGCCACAAACAUCCUGCGGGCGUGGCUAUUUCAACACUUAACGCAUCCGUACCCUUCGGAGGACCAGAAAAAACAGUUAGCGCAGGAUACAGGGUUAACUAUACUUCAAGUCAAUAAUUGGUUUAUAAACGCGAGACGUAGGAUAGUCCAGCCAAUGAUCGACCAGUCAAAUAGAGCAGUGUUCUAUCCUGCAGUGUUCCCGCACGCGGGUCCCAGUGGUGCAUACAGCCCGGAAGCGACCAUGGGGUACAUGAUGGACGGCCAGCAGAUGAUGCACAGGCCGCCCACGGACCCCGCCUUCCACCACGGCUACGCGCAGUAUCCCGCCGAGUAUUACGGCCAUCAUCUUUAAUGCAACUUGUACAUAUAUGAAUAACGUACACAAUAUAGGGCCUUAGUUAAAGGCCGAUAAGUGUCCCAAAAUAAGGCCCCUACUAAUCUCGCGUCUCGGUAAGAAGCGUUCGUGCGACUGGACGCAUCCCCACCAGGCGAAUGAGCGACUGCGCGUCUCAUCUACCAGUCGCGAAGCGCCGCGAUGCGUCCGUGCGACCGGACAGGCACGUGAUACGAACAAACAGGAGAACGAUGCUAUGUACAUAAAGCUAUACGUUUUGUAAUAUUUGAAACAGUAUACGAUCUCCUAAAUUAAGAUUCUCUAAUGUUAAAAUUAAUGUAAAUUAUCGAAGUGACAUUGUGGACGCUGUAUUAUACGACUGGUGCAAUCACCUAUUAUAAAUAUUAUAAAAUCGGUGUUAUCACUCGGAACAAUAGGAGCAAGUUGAUGAAUGUAACAAUAAACGGUUUGAUAGUUAUCGUAUAAAUAUUUAUAGCUAAUUGUGUAUUGUUAUUACGUAAAUAUAAAUAAAUAAUUGAAUAGUAAGUAACUAUCACAAGUGCUGGGCUCGCUGGAAGGACUUUUGUAAGAGCUGUGUAGUUGUAUUUAGCAUUUCUGUUUAUAAUUUGUUAUGCGAGGAUUCGGAUAUCCGCGACCGUUUUUAUAACGCACGGUCGCUCGUGCGUUCGGGUCCUAAGCAAUUUGGGAGCAACUGUCGAGUUGAAAUUUCAGUUUUUGGUUUUCCUACUUAUUUAUAAAGCUCAAUUUAACGUCAAUUUUCUUCGCAAUUUUGCUUUACAGGUGACAUACAUAUCUUUGAAUUAACUAUAUAUUAUAUUACGAUUAGUAACAUAGUUUCACCUUGCCUUGGUGUUCAGUAAUAGCACAAUUUGUAACCCAUGUAUACGAUGAAAUAAAUAUUUUACACUGUUGAAACAAUGAGAUUUUAGCUAUAUUUUGUCUUGAUAAUAAAUUGCCUUAAACACGGAUUUGAUUCACGAGUAUAAGUGACCGGUCCUUUGAAUCGCAUCAGAAUAUGUUAAGUCAACUGAAGAUAUUCCACCGCACCAAUGAGAAACAUAUUUUGAAGCGAUUUAAUUAAACUGUCUCGUACAUUGGUCUUAUAGUUUCAUGUUUUACAUUAUGUAUAUCUUUGAAAGCAUUGAAAUACAAGAAUCAUAUACUUACUGGAUCGUGUUUUUUGUGUAUUUAAAGUAAAUUAAAACGGCUAACGUUGCAAAAGUCAAAAUAAGCCAGAAGUUUUGCCGGUAACUAGGAUAUUAUAUGUCAGAAGUUUAUCUAAUCCAGUACAUAAGUACCAGGAUGUCAUAACUGUCAGAAGUUUAUGCUGCGUAUACGAUUCUUUAUGUUCAAAUUCUAAUAAAGUCGAUAGUAUACUAUAAGGUGACGACCACGAAAGUAAUUUUAAAUGGUAAUUUCUCGUUACCAGCCUUAGCGAUGUAUACGAAUGGGAGCUUUUGAAAUUUGACAGAAUUUCGAUAAAAAAAAAAUUUGAUCCUAGCCGCGGUUUUUGAUAGCUAUAGUUAUCCGGAAACAAGCUUUAUUCUAUUAUUUAACGUUGUGACAUGAUUGAUUCAUAGUUCAAAUGACUUCUAUAAGCCCUACUGGAAACUACUGUUUCAAGAAUAAAAAGUAUCAAGUCGGUAUGUCAAUUUUGAUGGUUUUUACAUUUUCUACAUUAGCGUCAUCCUUUAGGUUCCAACACCCCUGUCGAUCCCUCUUAUUCACAAAGUGUCUUCAACUGUUUUAACAAGAGCUUCUCUUUCAGUCACAUUGUCAUUAUCGUGUGAUGGAAAGGGACACGGAAUUCGUUAAAAUCCUGUAAGAAUUAUUGUGAAUAAUCGGGAUAUGUAAUCCAUAACAUUUGAAUUUGAAACAAUGACGUCACACCAAAUCAAUAUUAUAUUCGUUAUACACUGUAAAUAUAUUGUAUUAAAUAUUUUUGUAUAAAAUGUUUCGUUUCAUGAAAUUUCAGUAUUAAUCGGAUUUCGGUUCUAUAAAAACAUCCCCAAUUUGUUACAAUUUUAUUGUUAAAAUUCAUCGCGUGUAAUAUAUUUUAUUAAGAAAAGUCUUAAAUAGUAGUUAUUAGAUUAAUGUAUUAAUUGAAGAAAUUUAUUUUGAUUUUUCUCUAAAAUAUGUAUUAUACACAACUAAUAUGCAUUCUGCUAAACACUGUACGGGCGUAAACAGUAUUUAUGUAAAACCUACCUAAUUAGGUAGUCUGUAGCUAAAAAAGGAUUUUUCUUUUACUCUUUUUUUCAUUAAGUACAGUUUAAAUUUGUGUCAAAGAUAGCCCUGUACAGUCUGUCUAUUAGAAUGUAUAAGUUAUUAAUUAUACAUAAUGAGUUUGGGAGCCAUGCGGUCUGUAAAUAUAGUAUUACAUUGCGCGUCUGUCAGCGAAGAAAAACCUGUAUAAUUUUCACAUUGCAACCGAUCAACACGAAAUAGUUUUUUUGUUUAUAUAAUAAUAAGGUCAUACUAACACGCUGAUGAGACGUUUUCAAGAGAAAUGUCAGCAUUAUGAAUGCUACGAAUUGUGUAAAAAAUAUUA